UCAACAGUUGAUUGGAUGUUGCAAAUCUUUAAAUACUCACUAUUUGCUGAAACGUUCAGAACCGUGUGACGUUUAUUAAACCGUGGAUUGGAUCAUUUUCAGUGGAACAUUUGGGGAAAAACAUGAGUGGAUGUCCAUUUCUGGGAGGAAAGCACCACAGUAACCCCAGCGGGCCAGAGACGGAGGAUGAGUCCCAACACGGCAUCAAUAAAGCGGCUAAAGGAGGAACCGUCUAUGGAGAAUACCUGCAGCUUGAGAAGGUGCUGAGUGCUCAAGUCUUGCAGAGUCAACUGAAAGGGAACAAAAUCCACGAUGAGCAUCUCUUCAUCGUUACACAUCAAGCUUACGAGCUGUGGUUCAAGCAGAUAUUGUGGGAGCUGGAUUCUGUGCGGGAGCUUUUCAUUAAAAACCACGUCCGGGAUGAGAGGAACAUGCUGAAAGUGGUGAGCAGGAUCCACCGGAUCAGUAUGAUCUUCAGACUGCUGGUGCAACAGUUUGCUGUGCUGGAGACGAUGACCGCUCUGGACUUCUUUGAUUUCAGGGAAUAUCUGAGCCCAGCGUCAGGCUUCCAGAGUCUCCAGUUCCGCCUGGUGGAGAGUAAGAUCGGCGUGGCGGAUAAUCUGAGAGUCCCUUACAACCGACAGCACUACAGAGACACUUUCCACGGACACGAGAGUGAAGUUCUUCUCAGAUCAGCGGAGGAACCCACACUGCUCCAGCUGCUGGAGCAAUGGCUGGAGAGAACUCCUGGUCUUGAACACGAUGGGUUUAAUUUCUGGGGGAAACUACAAGCCAACAUUGAAGAGGGCUUCAAAGGGGAGAAGCAAAAACUGGAAAAAACGGCAGAUUCUGAGAACAAACAGGAGAUGCUGGAGGAUCUCGGCAAACAGACGGAGGUUUUCUCUGCUCUGUUCGACCCCAGACGACAUGAACAUCUUUUGAGCAAAGGUGAACGCAGACUUUCCUACAAAGCUCUUCAAGGAGCUCUGAUGAUCAACUUCUACAGAGAAGAGCCUCGUUUCCAAGUGCCAUUCCAGCUCCUGACGGCUCUGAUGGAGAUCGACACUCUCAUGACCAAGUGGAGAUAUAACCAUGUGUGUAUGGUGCACAGAAUGAUUGGUAGUAAAGCUGGAACGGGUGGAUCCUCUGGGUACCAUUACCUGCGCUCCACUGUCAGCGACCGUUACAAAGUGUUCGUGGAUUUGUUCAACCUGGCGACAUUCUUGGUACCUCGUGCCUGGGUGCCCAAACUGAACCCCAUCCUCCAUACGUUCCCCUACAUGGCCGAGUGUUACGACAGCUCGUACGAUUCCUGCAGCAGUGAGGAUUCAGAUUAGAUUAUAAUCUGUCAUCUUGUCUAGAAAAUCUAAACAUCCUCACAGCAAGGUACAUUUACAAUUGAUGAAGAGAUGAAGAGAAUAUGUCAUGUUUUGGAGGUAAGAAUAAUAAUAAACAUCACGAUAUAUUCUCUUGCACCACAGUAAAUGACUCCCAUAUUAAUAAUGCUUAAAGAUUCUUUACGGGAAGCUGAUCAGACGCUCUGCUGAGGAUGUGAUUGAUUGUCUUUGCUCUAUUGAUCCGCUGAUGUUUGUGCAUUUUGUCCCAUUUACAUAAUUAACUGAUUUACUGAAAUGCCAAAAUAAUAGCGACUGCUGUGAAGACGAUAUGGAUGUAAAUAAAGUGUAAUGAUGCUGUAAUUGUGUAGAUUAAAAACAAAACAAGGAUGAGUGUAAAUCAAGAAGUCUUGUACAUAAUAUUUAUAUUUCAAGCACUGUAAAAAGUCUUUUGUAUCAGUAUAAGAUUGUUUUAAUGAAGCACACGGAUUGGUCGAUUUGUAACUAUAUGAUAUACUGUAUAUCUGAAAUGCAGAUACUUCCACACGGAAGAUGAUGUAGUAUAUAAUCUGUACAUUAUACUGUUAUUGUGUUAAAUGCAUUCACAGUAAAACACAUUUAAUAAACUGAUGAAAUCAUUUCUGCAUCUGCGCUUCUGAAAUCA